GUAAGCAAAACGCACGAAUUGCAAGGUUAAUUAAACUUCCAGAUUAAAAGUCAACUUCUCAUAUUUAUUUGUACAUUUUUAAUCCUUUAUUCACAAUGAAAGUCACUGUAACAACCUUGGCCGGCGAUGUCUUCACACUGGAUGUGAGUCCAGACUUAGAGUUGGUAAAUUUCAAGGCUUUGUGUGAGUUCGAGUGUGGCGUUUCGAGUGAACAGUGUUUGGUCCAUCAUGAAGGACGGUUACUGCAAGAUCCACAGAAGACGCUGGGUGGUUUCGGAGUGAAAGACGGCGACAUGUUGCUCCUGCAGCAGCGGUCUACUGCUCCUCCGCAAGCACAGCAAGGAGGAGCUCCAAGUAUGCUGAAUAUGGACUUCAGUCAAAUCCAGAUACCGGGAGCGGCCGGGCCUUCCGUGGUGUCCCAACGACCGACGGUGCCUUCAAGCGAGCAGCAGCAACGAGUGCCUCCAGUACAGGUCAAUGAGAACGAUCCAGCUCAUCUUAGACAAAUGUUCCUUAAUGAUCCACAUCAGCUUUCACUUCUCAAGGAACGCAAUCGUCCUCUCGCUGAUGCACUCUUAAGCGGGGACCUUGGUAAAUUUGCCGAAGUGCUAGAUAAACAGAGGAGGGAAAGAGUUGAGAAAGAAUUGAUGCAGAUACGAAUGAUGAACGCUAAUCCAUUUGAUGCAAGCGCACAACAACAGAUAGAAGAGACCAUCAGAUUGAAGAACGUCGAUGCGAACAUGGAGACGGCGAUGGAGCAUUCUCCCGAGAGCUUUGGGCAGGUACUCAUGCUGUACAUCGACUGUAAAGUUAACUUUCAUCCAGUCAAAGCAUUCGUUGAUUCUGGUGCUCAGAUGACGAUUAUGAGCCAGGCAUGUGCGGAGCGUUGUAACAUUAUGCGUCUAGUCGACAAGAGGUGGGCCGGUGUAGCCAAAGGCGUCGGCACACAAAAAAUCAUAGGCAGAGUUCAUUUAGGUCAAAUCCAGAUUGGGCCAGCUUUCUUGCAGUCGUCGUUUGCAAUCUUGGAAGAUCAACCGAUGGAUAUGCUUCUUGGGCUGGACAUGCUCAAACGUCAUCAGUGUUGCAUAGACCUCAAGAAUAAUUUAUUACGAAUCGGGACCACGGGUACCGAGACAGCUUUUCUAGGGGAGGCCGAUGUGCCGAUAUGCGCUCGAUUGAAUCGAACUGAGUCAAUGGAACAUACAGCGUUGGAAUCAGAGGAUAAACAGCUAGCUGAAGCAUUACAACGAUCCGCACAAGAUACUGCAGGGCCAAGCGGUUCAACAGUGGGUUCUAACCCAUCACAACAAUCUAGUUUUCCAGAGGCAACGGUAAGCGAGCUUGUAGCAAUGGGAUUCCAACGUGAUGAUGUCAUAACUGAGCUUCAACGACACAACGGGGACAAGCAAACGGCGGUAGCGUCUCUCUUUGCAAAGAACUUCAAAAUUCCUGGACAGAAAUAACGGCGAUUGAAACAAGGAAGCUUCUCAGGAUGUUGUAGUGGCGCAUUAAGGGACCUUGUCAAAAUUAGUCUAGGACAACCAGCGGAUAUGUAUUGUCCAGGACAAGGUUUUUACUUGCCGUAAAGUCACCUUGUUUGAAAUUGGGUGUCAGGAGAAGUUCACAGUGCCUGGGUUUGCAUUUGUUUUCAAACGGCAGACUUGGAUUGCUAUCUACUGGAAAACAAGUCUCUACAUCAUAAACAAAGAUAAUAAUAACCAACUUUUAUAUAUAGCGCUUUUCACACCUGAAAGGGCCUCUCAAAGCACUUCCAGCAU